UCUUCUUCUUCUUCUACCUUUCUUCCGCUCCCAAUCUCUCUCUCUCUCUCUCAAAGUCUCCCCCAAAUUUUCGAUCUUUGGCGCCAAAGCUUCGACCUUUCUUGAAUCAGACCAUGGAUCUGGCCCCAGAAGAACUUCAAUUUCUCUCAAUCCCAGACAUUCUUCGAGAAUCGACCUCCAUCCCCAAACAGUCCCCCAAAACCUUCUACCUCAUAACCCUAACCCUAAUCUUCCCUCUCUCCUUCGCAAUCCUAGCCCACUCUCUCUUCACCCACCCACUCCUCAACCAGCUCCAGGGCCCCUCCACCGACCCGGCCCAGCUCCACCACAAAUGGACCGUCCUCCUCCUCUUCCAGUUCUUCUACCUCAUCUUCCUCUUCGCCUUCUCCCUCCUCUCCACCGCCGCCGUCGUCUUCACCGUCGCCUCCCUCUACACCUCCAAGCCCGUCUCCUUCUCCAACACUCUCUCCGCCAUCCCCAAAGUCUUCAAGCGCCUCUUCAUCACUUUCCUCUGGGUCUCGCUUCUCAUGGUCGCCUACAAUUUCCUCUUCGUUGGGUUCUUGGUUCUCCUGAUCAUCGCCAUUGAUUCCCAGAACCCUCUUCUGCUCUUGUUUUCGGGGGUCGCCGUUGUCGUGUUGUUCUUGGUGGUUCAUGUGUACAUCACUGCGCUGUGGCACUUGGCGAGUGUGGUUUCUGUGCUGGAGUCGGUUUAUGGGUUUGCGGCGAUGAAGAAGAGCUAUGAGCUGAUGAAAGGGAAGACUGGGAUGGCGUUUGCGCUUGUUUUCGGGUACUUGACUAGCUGUGGGAUUAUUGGAGUGGUUUUCGGGACGGUGGUGGUGCACGGCGGCAGUGAUUACGGGGUUUUCGCAAGGAUUGUGGUUGGGGGCUUCUUGGUGGGGCUUUUGGUGAUUGUGAAUUUGGUGGGCUUGUUGCUGCAGAGUGUGUUUUACUAUGUUUGCAAGAGUUAUCAUCAUCAGGGUAUCGAUAAGAGUGCUUUGCAUGAUCAUCUUGGGGGGUAUCUCGGAGAGUAUGUGCCUCUCAAAAGCAGCAUUCAGAUGGAGAACUUGGAUGUUUGACAAGGAAAGAUGGAGAAAUUUAUGUGUAAGUUUCUUUGUACUAAAUGUUGUAAAGAAAAGAAAGAAACGAAAAAAAAAUUGAGAAAGCUUUAUGUUUUCUGUGUUCACCAUACAUUUUUUUUUUCCUAAUAAAUGUUUCAGUUUGUUGUUGAUUCUAAUUGGCUGGGACUUAACA